GGGGCAGUGCUGCUGAUGCUGCUGAGCUCUUGUAUCCGAGGAGCAGCAGACAGGACUGCAAAAGAGAGAAAGACAAAAAGAGGAGGAAAGAAAGGGACAGAGAGAGGGGGAAAGGGACAUCAUCUCAUUCAGAAGAGAAGCAACACACAACAAAAUAUAAACAUGACCUUAGCAGCAUAUCGAGAUAAAUUAAAGGAGCUUCCUCUGGUGUCAUUUCUGUGCUCCUGCAUCAACUCAAACCCUGCUGAAAAUCCCAUAUACAAGGUUGAAGAUGCGGUGGAUCUCAACUGGUGCGUGAUCAAAGAUAUGGAGGUCAUUGAGCUGAACAAGCGGACCUCGGGCCAAGCGUUUGAGGUGAUCCUGAAACCCCCCUCCUUUGACGGUGUGCCAGACCUCAACACAUCCAUGCCCCAGCGUAAGGACCCCUCCCUGGAGGAGAUCCAGAAGAAGCUGGAGGCGGCCGAGGAGAGGAGGAAGUGCCAGGAGGCUGAGAUGUUGAAGCAUUUAGCUGAGAAGAGGGAGCAUGAGAGAGAGGUCAUCCAGAAGGCAUUCGAGGAGAACAACAACUUUAUCAAGAAUGCAAAGGAGAAGCUGGAACAGAAGAUGGAGGUCAACAAAGAGAACCGUGAGGCUCUGCUUGCAGCCAUGCUGGAGAGACUACAGGAGAAGGACAAACAUGCAGAGGAGGUGAGGAAGAACAAAGAGCUGAAAGAAGAAGCCUGUCGGUAGAGAAUCACCUGCUGCACAGAACUGCUUUGGUUAAAGGGAAAAGAUUUACUGCUGAGACCAACAACGCAAAUGGUAACCAAUGCAUCUCAAUAAAAGAGAAAUAUUGGACUUUAAUGACAAUUUGCAACUCUAAACUUUUGUGCGUUUCAAAAACGAUUCAAUGUUAUUAAAAACUAUUAAAACAUAAUAGCAACAUUGUGUGGAUGGCAAUGCAAGGUGCACUAAGGAACUUGAUGCAGAACAAAAGUUGAUUCAGGGAAGAUGAUCGAAUAGUGUCUACCAAUCAGAUUGUUUGAAAUGACACCGGGUGGAAAAACAGAGAUGCUUUUUAUAAACUCCAUAAUCAGUACAGAUGUUAACAUAUAAGACAACCAGAAACUAACUUUACUAAAACUAAAAUCUAACUUUUGUCCAUGUAAACUAUGUGACUUUGGUUGUUUUUAUUAAUAUAUUAUUUAAUAAUCAACAAGAUUUCAUAGCAUAGGCAUAUCUAUAAUAUAUACUAUAUAUAUUAAGCAAUGGAUUAGUAUUGGAAUUACAAUAUUACAUGCUGUGAUUAAAUUAAAUUAGUGAUAACAAACUGGAGCACAGUGACACUUUAUGCACAACUCAAAAGCACAUUAAGAUUUUUUAUUUAUUGUAUUUGCAUCUUAGAAAUGAAGAAGAAAAGUACUCAGGUUUGUGCACUGUAAAAAUCUUUGCUAGCUUAAAUUUUUUUGUUUAAUCAACUAAAAUUUACAAGUCAUACUAUUAUUUAUAUUGACAAGUGAUUACUACUUAUAAAAUGAAGUUGACUUAUUUCAACUACUCAUCUAUUAUUAAGUUAAAAUGACUUGUAAAUCCGAGUUGAUUUUGAU